ACAUUUAGUGAAGUUGGCUGCGCCGUUUCGUAUAGACGACGAAACGACCUUGGUCUCAUACCAUACCAGUCGGCCGUCAGACUUCGCUUGGAAUUGCACAAGUGUUAUAACUUCAUCAAGUAGUGGCUAAUUUGUUUCUGGACUUGGAUCGAUAAUCAUAUUGAGAGAAAGAAUUAAAACCAGAGAGACGAGCACGAAAUGAGGCAGACUCCUGAUCCGUGGGAUGGCGCAGCUUCCGCGUUAUUAAAUCUUCUAGGUGGCGGGCUUGGUCUAAAUGCCCAAUGUGCACCACGAAAUGCGCCAAUACAGCCAUCAGAGGGGCAUCAACAGCUCAUGAAUGUCGCAGCAAUGCCAUUUGGCGGAUACGGAGGAGGUCCAUCGAUGCCUUACGGGCCUACACCGCCGCAGCAAUUCAAUCCUGCACAACCACAGCAGUUCGCCCCGCCAAUGCCGUACGGUUCUCUGCCACCAUACGGCCCACAGAUGUCCUUUCCCCAACCACAGUUUCCGUACGGACCCCCAACACAGCCUUUUGCUCCCCCGGCAUCGAUGCCUUUUGGUCCAUGUGGCCCACCAGGGCAGCCGUUUUGCCCAUCAUCGCCGUUUGGCUCAUUGCCGCCGCAAUUUUGUCCGCCAGGCUCACCGUUUGGUUCGGCGUCUCCUCUUCCGUUUGGUGUAGCAGCACCACCGCCACCCCCGCCAUUUUGUGGGUCGACAGGUCCGCCGUACCCCUCGCAGCUAGCGUUGCCAUAUAACCCGAGCCCACAACUGCCCUAUGGCCAGCCAGCGCCAUAUGGGAUGCCGACUGGAUCAUAUGGACAACCGUUAAUUUGUAGCCAACAAAUGCUAUGCGGUCUACCACAACCGUGCAAUCCUCAACAGGAUCCGUCGCAAAUGCAGCUCGGCCAGCAGCCACAGGUACCCCCGGGUCAGGUGCCGGUGCCACCGGGAACACCUCUGCACCCCUCAUGUGGUCAGUUACCCAGUGGCCAACAACCCGCGCCAUUACAGCCGAGCCAGUCUGGCCAACAGGCUCAGCCUGGUCAACAGCAGACGGCGCCACCACCUGUUCAACAGGCAAAUGGCCAACCGCAUUGUCACAUGCUUUAUUAGGGCGUGAGAUAAUGCGUCCUGUACGUGCAGUCUCCUGGUUUUGUCCAACAUCACUCAAAUGCCCGGCUUAGCGUGAUGCUGUGUUGCACUUUCAAGAGAAUCUAGAGGAUUUAUAAUCGGCUAUUUCGUUUCGACGAAGUAGUUUGUUAUUAGAUCUCUGCUAUACUCUGCGUGAUAAUAUUAAAAUUGAUUCUACGUUCUACCCAACUAG